AUGAUGGAGCCUGAGGAGUACAGACGGAGAGGGAGAGAGAUGGUGGAUUACAUCUGCCAGUACCUGAGCACUGUGCGGGACAGACGCGUCACUCCCGAUGUGCAGCCUGGCUACCUGCGAGCCUGGCUGCCUGACAGCGCUCCCGAGGAACCCGACAGCUGGGACAGCAUCUUCGGGGACAUUGAGCGGAUCAUUAUGCCUGGGGUGGUGCAUUGGCAGAGCCCCCAUAUGCAUGCCUACUACCCGGCCCUCACCUCUUGGCCAUCCCUGUUGGGAGACAUGCUGGCUGAUGCCAUCAACUGCUUGGGGUUCACCUGGGCUUCUAGCCCUGCGUGCACAGAGCUGGAGAUGAACGUCAUGGACUGGCUGGCGAAAAUGCUGGGCCUCCCAGAGCACUUCCUGCACCACCACCCCGGCAGCCAGGGGGGAGGCGUCCUGCAGAGCACAGUGAGUGAAUCCACCCUGAUUGCCCUGCUGGCAGCAAGGAAGAACAAAAUCCUGGAAAUGAAAAAGUCUGAGCCUGAUGCUGAUGAGUCCUCGCUGAACGCCCGACUCAUCGCCUAUGCCUCCGACCAGGCUCACUCCUCAGUGGAGAAGGCUGGUUUGAUUUCCCUUGUGAAGAUGAAAUUUCUGCCUGUGGAUGACAAUUUCUCACUCCGAGGGGAAGCUCUUCUGAAAGCCAUUGAGGAAGACAAGCGGCAGGGCUUGGUGCCUGUCUUUGUCUGUGCAACACUAGGGACCACUGGGGUCUGUGCAUUUGACUGCCUGUCCGAACUGGGCCCCAUCUGUGCCCACGAGGGGCUGUGGCUCCACAUCGAUGCUGCUUACGCAGGCACUGCCUUCCUGUGCCCCGAGUUCCGGGCCUUUCUGAAGGGCAUCGAGUACGCCGACUCCUUCACCUUCAAUCCCUCCAAGUGGAUGAUGGUGCACUUUGACUGUACCGCGUUCUGGGUCAGGGACAAGUACAAGCUGCAGCAGACCUUCAGCGUGGACCCCGUCUACCUCAGGCACGCCAACUCGGGCGCCGCCACCGACUUCAUGCACUGGCAGAUCCCACUGAGCCGGCGGUUUCGCUCUAUUAAACUCUGGUUCGUGAUUCGGUCCUUCGGGGUGAAGAACCUUCAAGCGCAUGUCAGACAUGGUACUGAAAUGGCUAAAUAUUUUGAAUGUCUGGUCAGAAAUGACCCUUUCUUUGAAAUUCCUGCCAAGAGGCACCUGGGCCUGGUGGUUUUUCGUCUAAAGGGUCCUAAUUGUCUCACAGAAAGUGUGUUAAAGGAAAUAGCCAAAGCUGGCCAUCUCUUCCUCAUCCCGGCCACUGUCCAGGACAAGCUGAUCAUCCGUUUCACUGUGACGUCCCAGUUUACCACCAGGGACGAUAUCCUGAGGGACUGGAAUCUCAUUCGAGAUGCUGCCACUCUCGUCCUGAGUCAGCACUGCACCUCCCAGCCCAGCCCGCAGGUCGGGAAGCUCAUCCCCCAAAUCAGGGGCUGCAGCGCCUCGGCCAGUGGAGUGUCCCUUCAGUGUGUCAACGAGGCAGGAGACGACCCAGCCCAGGCCAGGAAGAUCAUCAAGCAGCCUCAGCGUGCGGGAGCCAGUCCCAUAAGGAGGGAAAACGGCUGCCAUCUUGAAACGCUGCUGGACCCACUUGACGACUGCUUUUCGGAAGAGGCCCCGGAUACCACUAAACACAAGCUGUCCUCCUUCCUGUUCAGCUACCUGUCCGUGCAGCACAAGAAGAAGACGGUGCGCUCCCUCAGUUGCAACAGUGUGCCCGUGAGUGCACAGAAGCCACUGCCUACGGAUGGCUCUGCGAAGAGUGGGGGCUCCUCCCGGGUCAGAAUCUUUUCCAGGUUUCCAGAGGAGAUGAUGCUGCUGAAGAAAAGUGCCUUCAAAAAACUAAUCAAGUUCUACAGCGUCCCCAGCUUUCCUGAAUGCAGCUCCCAGUGUGGGCUCCAGCUGCCCUGCUGCCCCCUGCAGGCCAUGGUGUAGACCAGGGGUCCUGAGCCAGAGCCCGAGGACCUGCUCCCGGGAGUCUCGGCACCCCUUCAAAAUUGAGUGCCGAGUCUGUGUGCUUAUGUGUAUGUGCAUUUUUCUUGGGGGCGAGUCCAUAAUUUUUAUCAGAUUCUCAUUGGGGGUCUUGACCCACAAUUGGAUACAUGCGGAGAGUUGAAGCCAGCGUGAUCUAGAAGGUUCCAGCAGGCAAGGUCAGAGAGAAAGGGCUGAGCGUAGCGUAUUGACAGGCAGCUUCUGUGGUUCAGCUUGUGACAUGAAAUGUAAUAUAGAAAUAAAUUGUGCUCGUCUCUGAA